AUGCCGCAGAUGAGUUUUAGACGGCUGAGGAGCCGUUGCUCUGUGCUGCACUGCAACACCAUCACCAAAUUCUCGACACCUGAACAGCAGCAGCAGCAGCAGCAGCAGAAGCAGCAGCAGCAGCAGCAGCAGCAGCAGGAGGAGGAGCAGGAGAAGCAGCAGCAGGAGAAGCAACAGCAGCAGCAGGAGAGGCAGCAGCAGCAGCAGGAGAAGCAGCAGCAGCAGCAGCAGCAGGAGAAGCAGCAGCAGCAGCAGCAGGAGAAGCAGCAGCAGCAGCAACAGCAGCAGCAGCAGAAGGAGCGGAUGUAUGCAGAAGGCUGCAAGAGAAGGGGAGGCUGCUGCUGCAACAAAAUAUAUAUCCAUCAGCCAGCAGCAGAUAAAUAA